GUAAGCACGAAAAAUUCUGUUAGAUUAUUUCAAUUAAUUUUCAAUAUUCAAUGUCGCUAUUCGAAAUUUAGUACAGAAUAAAUAAACAAACUAAAUUAACUGUGUGUGAUUCAUAAGUGUGAAGAAAUCAAAAUUCAAAGUGAAAAUGGCACCAAUUAGUGAAAAAAGGCCACAGCCUCCAAAUACGAAUCAAAUCAAAGAGAACGGUCACACAAGUCAUGGCCAUGGUCAUACGCAUCUUCACACUCAUACAAAGGAGAAUGCCAGCAGUAAUGCAUCUGGUGGUAAGAGUGCCGGUGUGAAAACGAAAGGUUUGGAAAUACUCGAUUUCCAUGAAUCAUGGCUGGAAGAAGUCGAACUGUACAAGGAUAAAUUGUAUGUGCAAAAGAAUCUUUUGCUAUCAUCACACAAUCACGCUCAUACUCCACAUGGUUGUAAAAUCGAUGCACCCAAUCAUUAUAUCAGUAUGAAUAAUAAGUAUAUGAUUAAUGUACCACCGGGACACAAUGAACAUCAUAACAAUAACAACAUCAACAAUAAUAGCAACAAUAUUCUAAAUGGUACGAAUGUGAAACGUCAAAGAGGUGGUGGCACACCGUUGACUGGGCCAGCUAUAGAUCCGUCAAUAAUUAGUAAUGCCUCGCUGAAUAAGUCAAAUAGGAUUAGCAUUCGUAGUAAUACUGCAGCACCAUUAACGUCCUUUUCAGACGUCACCACGCCGAUGACCGGCGUACAGCGACCCCGCGAUGAGCCGGUCGGUGCGUCCAAAUCAAUUGCGCAUAACUCCAAACGCCAUUCCCAUCCUCACCCGCAUACACCGACAAAUGGCAGUCCACGGCGUUCGGUAUCACCACCCAAACGUGCCGCCGGCGGCGGUGGUGGCGUUGGCGCCAGUGCUGGAGGUGGCCUAGGUGUUAAUGCCACCAAUGCUGCUGCCAUCAAUGGUGGCACCUCUGCCCUAAGCACUGCCGAUAAGUCAUACAUUGCUGCACCAACCCAGAAAGCAUUAAACAAAAUCAUUGUGAAUCAAUUCCACGCUAGUAGUUUGCUUAAUCAUAAUGAUAAGAAAUCGGAACUGCUUACGCAAAAUGGCCUUAAUAAGACGGCAGCAACCGCUUAUGAGACUAGCGUUUAUGCCGCACAAUAUAUGCCACACGAUAAUCGCAACACCUAUCAUAAUCGCCAUCCAAUUGCCGAUAAUUCAACUUAUGUGGGCGUUUCUUUAGCUAAAGGCGGUGACGGUGAUCGCAGCAAGCAUGGCAACACACCCGAGGAUGAUCCCUGUGCUGCAAUCGACGAUGUAAACGAUUAUACCGAUAGUGACUCGGACGAAGAAUAUACCGGUCAUCCAUUCUACCUCGUUAGUGAUUUAAAUGAAAUACACCAAAGUAAAAAUAUACGCUAUCUACCACCCGAACAAGUGAGCAACGACGUAACGGAAGAUAGCGAAGCCGAUACCGAAGUAAGCGAAUACUUCAAACCGGAAUGUAUAUUGUCGCCAAGUAUUUUUCCAAAUGUGCCACCCUAUUUGAAUUUCUCAUCGCACGCCGAAAAGGGUCCAGCUGUGCCGCCAACACUGCAUCGUGUGCUCAAGUGGAAACUUAGCCCCGUAAUGCCGAAAAUAGUAAAACGUGUGGUACUCAACUCAGGUUUUCGCAUUAUUAAAAACACCACCGACUGGAUGGCCGUUUGGGAGAAACACAUGAAAAGUCCAGGCUUCCGCACAAUACGCUCACACCAAAAGUACAAUCAUAUGCCGGGUUCGUUUCGAAUCGGCCGCAAGGAUAGCAUGUGGCGGAGUAUACAUAAUAAUAUGAAGAAGUUUGGCAAAAAGGAAUUUGGUUUUAUGCAAAAAUCUUAUGUAAUGCCUGAUGAUUUGGAAAAUCUUCGACAAGUCUGGCCCAAGAAUGCUUCGAGGCUGACAAAAUGGAUUGUAAAACCACCAGCAAGUGCACGCGGCACCGGUAUACGCAUUGUAAAUAAAUGGAGUCAGUUCCCAAAAGAUCGUCCGCUGGUAGUGCAAAAAUAUAUCGAGCGUCCACUGCUUAUCAACGAUAGUAAAUUUGAUAUGCGUAUUUAUGUGGUGCUUACUUCGAUAAAUCCCUUGCGAAUAUAUAUGUACAAAGAUGGCUUAGCGCGUUUCGCAUCGGUUAAGUACAGCUCGGAGCUGACUAGUCUCGACGAUCGUUGCAUGCAUCUCACCAAUUAUAGCAUCAAUAAAUUCUCACAAAACUAUUCGAAAAAUGAAGAUUUCAAUGCGUGUCAGGGUCACAAAUGGACACUACAAUCGCUGUGGUCAUGUCUGGAGACACGUGGCGUGAAUACGAAACGCCUCUGGGCGACAUUACGCAAUUUAGUGAUUAAAGCCAUUGUUAGCGGUGAAUCGGGCCUGAAUCGCAUGUAUCGUCAGAAUGUCAAUUUUCGUUAUAAUUGUUUUGAACUCUUCGGUUUCGAUGUUUUGCUGGAUGAGAAUCUUGUACCAUGGUUGUUGGAAAUCAAUAUCUCACCGUCUUUGCACUCCGAACUGCCACUGGAUUUGCAUGUGAAGGGUCCACUUAUACAAGCUGUGUUGAAUACAGCGCUCUAUCAGGUGCCGCCAAAACUUAAUGAAAAGCAACAAAAAGACAUACAACAAGAGCUGAAUCUGACGGGUCCACUGUGUCACGAUAAGCGCAUCUUCACCACCUGCCUCACUGCCGAAGAGGUGCGCAAACACAAUCAAUUUACGAAUCGUUCGAUUGAAUUUCGCGAAGAAUAUCUCGAACCCAUACUCGCCAAUCUACUGCCAGACGAUGUACGCUGCCUAAUUAUCGCCGAGGAUGAGAAUGCGCGCUGUGCGCCACUCGAACGCAUCUUCCCAACCGCCGACACACAUACCUACCUAAAAUUUAUCGACAAUCCACGUUACUAUAAUCGCCUGCUGGACGCUUGGGAAACACGUUAUGCUGAUUACCGUGCGGAGGGCAUUGAAUUGCUGAAACGUUAUUGUAGCGAGGGCUAUCAUUUGAACGUAUCCGAUGCGGCUUUGGAGAAAGAACCUGAUGUGGCAUUAACCGAAAUCGAUAUGUUGCAUCAAAAGAAAAGCGAAAUUACACUUGUACCCGAUAACAACACAACCGGCGACAGCGCAUUGGCCUCCAAAGCGGGUUCUCCCGAGUCAACGGCGGACACAUCCGUGCGCUCGCAACACUAGAAACGCUUGCUGCAGCUCAUGCUAUGUGUGUGGCAUGUUCUAUUGACAUUCGCCAAAUAAAUGUACAACCGCUGAGUGGAAUUUACGCACAGAGCUACUGUGAGAGUAAGGAACUAAGACUGAACUUAGCUAUCCAACAACAAAUACCUAAUUGAAAAGUAAUACAACAAAAAACUGCAAGAGAAAAACAACAACAACACUAAUUAUUGUAUAAUUUAAACGCAAAUGAUUAUCAAGUCAAAACAAAUUGAAGUCAUUGAAAUUUAGAAAAUUUUUUUGGAGUCUGUAUAUCAUAGGGAGCAGCGCGCUUUAUAUUAAGUACUACUACUACAACAAGAACAACAACAACAUACCUUUAGCCACACUUACGUACAGUGUUAAAUUUUGUGCAAAACACACACACUGAAACCAACAACAACAACAACUAGUAACUAAUGCGAAUAUGAUAAUGCUAAUAUUAAUUAUGAAUAUAUGAAAUUGUAUUUUGCUAAGGAUAUUUAAAAAAAGUGUAAAUCAAAACCAAAACAAAACGAAAGACUCAAACGAGAGAAGAAGGUAAGCACGAAUUUAUACAUAGAUCAGUGUAUGUAUGUAUGUAUGUAAAUGCGCGAUAAAUAACUACUAUAAAUAA